GUACAAGAAACCACAUUUUACAUAUGAUAUGAGAGAGAGACCUUGGGAUGAAGAAACAGACAAAGUCAAUACCCUAAAGCAAUCCUAAACCCAAACCCUCUUAUGGCUUCUAACUGUAUCUUUAUAUACAACAUUCAAACACAUGUUUCUAUGUUUCAUAUUCAGUUCGGUUUUAUUACUUAAAAAGUUUCAAUUUUUUUUUUCCUGACAUAGUAAACUGUUAAUUACAUGGCUGCGAUGUUUAAGAGACCAAGGCCUGCCGGUGGUCGUCACCCGCCACCGCUGGCUCCGACUGUGAGCAGUUUCAAACCGAGAGCUCAAUGGACUAACUCCGGAUCUUCCAUUUUCCUCUAUGUCAAUCUUCCUGACUUUUAUAUUGAUCAAAUAUCAAUAAAGAAGGAUGAGAGGACGAGGAUUGUACAGAUUGAAGGCCAGCGACGGCUCUCUGCUCAGACUAAGGCUCGUUUCAAUGAAUCUUACCGUGUCUCCGAUACCUGUGACAUGACUAAAUUAAGCACGUCCUUCUCACAUGGACUCUUGACGAUCGAGUUUCCAGCGAUCGUGGAAGGUGACAAAAAGGAGAAAGCAGUCCAAGAUCAGGGGAAGACAGAACAGAGCAGGUCUAAUCAGGAGAAAAGUGGUCAUAAUGAGAGUACCUUGGUACGAAAGAAACCUUUGAACGAGGAGAAACAAGUGGGAACAAUUCAAGAGAAAGCUGCUCCAACGUUGAAUGAAGAAAAACCCAAAACGUAUAAGUCAGUGGUUGAGAGUAAAAGAGAGGUGCCAACGGGCAGUCGAGAGAAGUCUGAACCGAAAGUAAAAGCAGGAGAAGCGAUCCCUAACGUAAGGGGAAAGGAGAGUCCGAAAGAAGAGAAGGUGGUUGAGAGAAAGGAGGCUGCUCAAAUGGGUCAGCAGAAGAUUAUACAGAAAUUGAAGGAAGAAGAGGCUAAACGUUCACCAACCCUUGGUACUAGCACCUUAAAACCCAAGGUACGUGCGAUAGAAGAGGAAGUAAAUGGGGGAAAGAAAGAUGCUAAUAUAAGUCAGAAUAAGACUGGACAAAUGGUGAAGGAGAAAGAGAUUAUACGUAAAUCACCAGCCGUUGAUGCUAGCUUGGGACCUAAGGUACAAGCUAAACUUGUUGAGAAGAAGGGAGAUGGUGAAAUAGGUCAGAAGCUGAAAGAGGGAGAAAAUAUUAACGCGGGGCAAAAGGAAUUAAUGAAAUACACAAAACCAGUUGUUGGUGAUGAGGCAAGAAGAACAGAGAAAAAAACGAAUCAACCAGAGCCUGAGCUAAAACCAAAAGAGGGAGAUGAACGAACCGAACUGGAUGUUGAUGAUGGCUUGAUAAAAAAGCAGGAUGAGAAAAAUGAGAAGGUUGGAGAUAUACCAAGUGAAGGAAAGAUCCAAGAGAUAGUGGAGCAAAAGAAGAUAGAGGAGACCGUUUCAGCCAAAGAUACAGGAGAUCAUAAGGAUAAUGCUGAAGUUGUCGAACAAGAAACCGGUCCAUUACUAGUCAAAGAAGGACAGACGAAGACCAGCAUGGAUCCUCCUCCUACCGUAGGAGGAAGAGGAAUGGGUGAAGAAGAGAACCGGACAUAUACAGACAUAUCUUUGGUGAAUGUCGGCGCAGCUGCUCUUGUGAUCAUGGGCUUUGGUGCUUAUGUCUUUGUACCACUUGUAAAAUAUUUCUCUUGAUUUGGUUAAUAAGAAAACAAAAGUG